AUGCUGCUAGUUCUCAGUCUGCCGCUACACACACUACUACAGCCCCAAGUACUGCCACGUCAAGGUUUACUGCCCCCUCAAGCUCUACAGCCCUGGACAGCAGCGCUUCCUCCAGUGAGCAGCAGUCAGCUAUAUCCCAUACUGCAAUUGUCAACAUUUCGUCGCCUACCUCCAUUGACCAAGAGGACCAAACAGAACCACAAGCACCCACUCCAGCUCAAACGGCAUCCACAGUCCAAGAAACAGCAACACCAAUAA